CCUGCUUCUUUUAAGUUCGUAGCUUUGUCCUCAUUUCAGCUCUUCCCGUCGAAUUCUUCCAGUCACAAGUCACAACUCAACAUAACAGCACUUCAAUUCUUUUACGCUCUCUUAAACUUCCUUCAUUUGCCAAAAUUCUCAAAAAAAAAAAUAAUAAUAAUAAUAAAUAUGCUCAGAUUUUCAUCUGCCAAAAAAUGGACCCUUCUCAAAGCUAACUAUUGGUCUCCAUCCUCUUCUUUACAUCCUUACAAUCCCUCAUCAAUUAACCCCCAACCUCAGUUUGAUUUGAACUCCUCUGGGUGUUUUUUAAAACCUUUAAAUUUCUUCAAUUUAUUUCAUAAUCACACUUGCCAUCGGUUUUUCUCUUUUGGGCAUUCCUCAAAUCUCUGUAAAAUCCAAAAAUCAUGCCAACAUAUUGGUGGGUUUUUGAGGGAUUCCAGUUUGGUGGGCUUAAAGAGGAGCUUUUGUAGCACCGUAGGCAGAGAAUCCAUGGAAUACGAUGUCGUUAUAGUGGGUGCUGGACCUGCUGGAUUAUCUGCUGCUAUAAAGUUAAAGCAACUUUGCAUUGAGAAUGAUGUUGAUUAUUCAGUUUGUAUUGUGGAGAAAGGUGCUGAAGUGGGAGCACAUAUAUUAUCUGGAAAUGUCUUUGAGCCACGAGCAUUGGAUGAACUCAUUCCAAAAUGGAAGCAAGAGCAGGCACCUGUUGAUAUUCCUGUUUCUUCUGAUAAGUUUUGGCUCCUUACCAGGGAUCGUGCACUGUCACUUCCAAGUCCAUUUGACAACAAAGGAAACUAUAUUAUUAGUUUAAGUCAGCUAGUACGCUGGAUGGCACUGAAAGCUGAGGAACUAGGAGUUGAAAUAUAUCCUGGCUUUGCUGCCAGUGAGAUAUUAUACAAUAACAAUCAUGAAGUUGUUGGUAUAGCUACUAAUGAUAUGGGAAUUUCUAAGAAUGGAUUGAGGAAAGACAACUUUCAGCGUGGUGUAGAACUGAAAGGCCGUGUUACCCUUUUUGCAGAGGGUUGUCGUGGAUCAUUAUCAGAGAAAAUAAUAGGAGAGUACAUGCUAAGAGAAGAGGGAAAGGCACAACAUCAAACAUAUGCACUGGGGAUUAAAGAGGUGUGGGAAAUUGAUCCCAGCAAACAUCAGCCUGGCCUUGUGAUUCACACACUGGGUUGGCCAUUGGAUCACAAGACUUAUGGAGGCUCCUUUAUUUAUCACAUGAAAGAUAACAUGGUUUCUAUUGGCAUUGUUGUUGCAUUAAACUAUCAUAAUCCUUUUCUGAGCCCAUACGAGGAAUUUCAGAAAUUAAAACAUCAUCCUGCUAUCAGCGCAAUACUUGAAGGUGGCAGUGUUGUUCAAUAUGGUGCUCGUACUCUGAAUGAAGGUGGUUUUCAGUCUAUUCCAUAUCCAGUUUUUCCUGGAGGUGCCAUAAUUGGAUGCUCCGCUGGCUUCUUAAACGUACCAAAAAUCAAAGGAACACAUACAGCUAUGAAAUCAGGAAUGCUGGCAGCAGAAUCUACUUUUGGCCUCCUUCAUGAGGGCUUGGAGAUGGAUAGGUAUUGGGACAAGUUACAGACUUCAUGGAUAUGGCAAGAACUGUACGAAGCAAGAAACUACCGACCUGCUUUUGAAUACGGGCUUGUGCCUGGUUUGGCCAUGAGUGCUCUAGAACAUUACAUACUGAAGGGAAGGUCACCAUGGACUUUGAAACAUGGAAAACCCGAUCAUGAAGCAACAAAUGUAGCAAGCUUACAUUCUCCAAUUCAUUAUCCAAAACCUGAUGGAGUCGUCUCCUUUGACAUACCAACUUCAUUAUACAGGAGCAACACAAAUCAUGAUCAUGAUCAACCUGCUCAUCUUCGUUUGAAAGAUCCCGUGAUCCCUCAACAAAUAAAUUUACCUGUGUAUGCUGGUCCUGAGUCACGAUAUUGCCCCGCUCGCGUAUAUGAGUACCUUCCUGAUGAAACCGGUGAGAUGAAGCUGCAAAUCAAUGCCCAAAACUGUCUCCACUGCAAGGCAUGCGAUAUCAAAGACCCGAAGCAGAACAUCGAGUGGACAGUCCCAGAAGGUGGCGGAGGCCCAGGCUAUUCUGUCAUGUAGGAUUUGAUAAAUACUUUGGAUGUACUGUACUUAUAUGUACAUGUUUUAGAGUAUUCAAUAAAUAAAGCACCACAUUUUAACUAUACAUGUAGAAAAAAAAAACAACGCAACACUUGCAACAA